AUGAAGUUGGUAUCUAAAAAUCAAAGACCUGAAACUAGAAUUUAUACAUUAGGUAUUUGGAAUUAUUUUAGUGAGUAUUUAGUCUAAAUAUUACCUGAAGUUGGAAAUGGAAAAUAUUAAUUAGUAGGAGAUAGUGAAGAUAUUAAUUCUAAAGUAAUAGAUUUAUUAGAAGAUUCCCUAACUUAUUAUUUAAAGGCUUUUCAUUAAUAAAUAAUAUUGACAAGGUUUCAUAGAUUAUUCCUGACCCAAAAUCUAUAACUUAAUUGAAGAAAAAUUAAGAAUUAACUUUACAAAUUUUAUUUCAAAAUAACACAAAAAGGAAAAUCUAGAAUUCAAGAUUGUUUUGACCUAUAAAUAAAUAAAUUUCAUAUGAAGUUAAAAUAAAUCUUAAAAGUUCUAAUGAGAAAGAAUAUUUCCAUAAACUAGCUAUAAAGUAUUAUGAACAAUCUAUUUUCUUAGCUAAACAAAUGGAUACGGUGAUGAUCAAUCAAAAAACCCUAAAGGAUUUGGAUAUAAUAGAAUAAUCAUUAUAGAUUGAAAUUCCGUGUUCUAAAAGAGCAUUUAUCUGUGAAGUCUGUUAAAAUGACAAAAUUGUUUAUAGCUUAUCAAAAAAAGCUAAUAAUGAGUAAAAGACAAGAGGAAAUUGUUAACAUUCCUGUUAGUAGCUCACAAUAUAGCAGAUUUUUUAAAUUUAUAGCGUCAAGUAUAAAUAGAUUUUAGUCAGAAUAGAUUGAAAUCAAGCCUGUUCAUCAAAUCCGAUUACGAUUUAAAAAAGUUCAACAGUACGAACUAUUUUUUUCUUAAAUAAUAAUAUAUCUUAAAUCAUAUUUUAUCUUAACUCAAAUAGUCUUUCGUUUAUAUACAACAAUAAUAAUGGAGAAUAAGAAAAAAAUUGCUUGAAAUUUCAACAAAUGAUUAAAUAAUUUAUAAUAGUGUUGAAAAAUUAAUUUUAAAUUAAUUAGAUUCAAAACUACAUUAUAAUGUAUUACAGUGAAAUAUAAUAGAAUAUACUUAAGUAUGAUCCCAACUCAAAUAAAAAUUUAAACUUUUUUGUUUCUUUUACAACAGCGAUCCUUCAUUUUAUUUGUUCUAUGAUUAAAAUGUUGUCAAUUACUAGAGUUAAUAAAAUUAAUGAAGAAAUUGAGUUAACAGAAGUUUCAAAAGCUAAAUUUCCCUAAUAACUAUAUUAAAAUAUUUAAAGAAUUAUAAGAUUUAUUAGAAAUCUUAAAAAAGUUUUAAAUUUUCAUUUAUGA